AUUAUAAGAAGCUUGCUGGCCUUGGACUGGUAUUCGUUCUGUUGCUAGUUAUCCGUCGCCUCCUUCUCAGUGAUGGUUACCCGCAAAUGACUUUCAAUGGAGAGCCGGAUGGAGCCAACGAUUUCAAUCGCGUCAAGUUUCAGGAUAUGAGCGCGCUGGUGCCGUUUGAGAGCUUCACGACCCAUAAGCGCUACACCCUCGACGUGCGGCCGUCUUACGCUAUCGCGCUGCCAUUGAUGGAGCUGGAGAAGGACAACGUCGCGGCUGUCAUUACCGAGGCGCUGGAGCAGAGUAAGCCCGUGACUGGUGGUGCCAUCUCUGAGCGACACUUUCAAUACGGCUUAAGCCGCCACCUGCCAGGUGUCGGCGAGGAGUACAAUCUAGUUUUCCGCAAUGGCAUAGACGUCUUUUCAGCGCGCGUGUACAGGAAAGUCGGGGCGCCGCUGGUGUCGGUGACACGGCACGAGGCGUUGCGACAGCAGCCCCUCCACAUCGUGAUGCCGCUGUCUGGCCGCGUCCAACGGCUCCGGACUUUCCUGCAUAUGCUGGGCGCUCUCAUCGAUGAUGGAGUAUUGCAGCUGGAGAAGUGUCGGCUGCACACCACGCGCGGCAGCAGCGUCUACUACCCGAUCUUGUUCAGCCGCUUCAACCCGCAGCUGCAGGAGGCGCUGCAGCAGGGCCGGCAGUGGCCACCGGGGCCCGCCAUCGGCCCCGAGACCGGCAACUGGCGCGACUAUGGCUUUGGCAUGGUGUGCCAGUACGGCUCCGACUUCGCGGCCGUCAGUGGAGCCUACAUGGACACGGACGGCUGGGGCGGCGAAGACGUGGCCCUCUACACUCG